CAGGUACAACAACCGUGCGCCGUGCGUGCCGAAGACUCCCCGCCGCCACCGCCCCCGCCUGCCUCCCCAGGCCAUGUCAUGACGGCGGUCCGACGGUGCACCGACCUCUCCUCUCUCCCCUCCCCCGCUCCCCUCCUCUCCCGCCUCAGCUCCGCCGCCUCGCGUCUCCUCCAGAUGAGGAAGUACGGCUCGAGGAAGGAAGGCGGCGGCGGUCUGCGGAACGGGCGGUCCAGCUCCGCUUCAAGGCCAGGAUCCAUCGAUCCUUCCUCGUGGAAAUAUUUUGACUCGAGAGCCGUUGGAAUCCCCGCGGGCGCUAUACCUCGCAAUUGUAUGGCUGUUCUACAAAUGCUGAAACGAAAAGGAUUUGAAGCUUAUCUUGUUGGGGGAUGUGUGAGAGACUUGCUACUCAAAAGGGCGCCUAAAGAUUUUGAUGUGAUCACCACUGCAAGUCUCAAAGAGAUUAAAGAACAUGUUUUCUCACGUUGUUUCAUCGUUGGCAAUCGCUUUCCAAUAUGCCUUGUUAGAUGGCGUGGUUCAUUAUUUGAGGUUUCAAGCUUCAAAACAAAUACGACUCAAGUGAAAGGAAAUGAAAAUGUAAACUGCUCAGAAGAUACAGAUGGCCGUGAUGGGGGGGAUAUUCUUCGCUGGAAGGAUUCAUUGAGAAGAGACUUUACAGUAAACAGCCUAUUCUUUAAUCCAUUCAAUCACAGAGUUUAUGAUUAUGUGAAUGGAGUAAAGGAUCUAAGAAAAAACAAGGUGUGUACAGUGAUUCCUGCCCAUGUUUCUUUCAAGGAGGAUCCUGCCAGAAUUUUGCGUGGCUUGAGAGUUGCUGCUCGCCUUGGCUUUCAGUUUUCCAGCGAAACUUCUACUGCAAUACGUGAUCUUUCUCCAUCCAUCAUGGAUAUCGACAAGCCAAGGUUGGCUAUGGAAAUGAAAUAUAUGCUAUCUUAUGGGGCGGCAGAGUCUUCGAUUAGAUUACUUAGAAAAUAUGGACUUCUCGAUAUUUUGCUGCCUUUUCAGGCAGCAUAUUUGUCAGAUCAGUUAAAGGGCAAAUCUAGUGACAGAGGGCUGAUGCUCAUGAAUCUAUUGGCCAAUCUUGACAAGUUCUUCUCCGCUGACCGCCCAUGCCACUGCUCUUUGUGGCUAGCACUGUUGGCAUUUCACAAUGCAUUGGUAAAUUCUCCACAAGAUGCCCAGGUAAUCAAGGCUUUCGCUGCACUGAUGCAUUUUGGAACAUGGGACAGCGCCAUCGAGUUCCUGAACGAAGAUGUUGGAGCACCAGUUACAUAUGUCCCAGAAGCUUUUGGGCUUUCUGGGGCCAAAGUGGAUGAUCUUAUGGAACAGACAUCACAUCUAGCGUCACUAGUCAAAUCUUCGGUUGAUACAUUGACAUGUUUAAAUACUCUCAAACAAUCAGUGAUCAGAUAUCCAGGGGCAUCACAAUUUUCAGGACUUGUUUUUGUAUCAGCCAGGGAGAAGGGGAGAGUGUUGGGGAUAUUUAACGGCCUUGACUCUGACCUAACUUCAUAUGACAAGAGAAGAGGGAUGCAUGGGAUUGACUAUAAGUUGCUGGAAGACGGAGUUACUGCCGAGGUCCGAUUUGUUCUCGGAAAAGUGAUCAUGGACACCAUGAGUGCUGAGUCACCGUGUGCAUCCACCGAUGCUGCUGCUGCUUUGCCAAGGCCAGCGGCGGAUGUUACUGAUGCAGACCAUCGUCCACUGUCCACGUUAUUUCAUAGUGGUGAAUCAGAGUGAAGCAGCAACACCCCAUCUGUUUUCAUCAAUGCUGGUAAGCACAUUGAAGCCCUCAGAUUUGAUGGCGUGAAGUUCAGGAUGGCCAAUACGAACACAAUGCUACGAUUCUGUCGGUCAUUGAACUUACCUUGGGAGGAUGCCCUCCUGGUUGUGCAGAAGAUCAAGCGUAGGCUGUAGACAAGAUACAUGUAAGGUUUAUCUUGUUUAAUUUCUUCCGUUUACUAGGCAUGUAAGUGACGUGAGCUAGAGUUAGAGUGCUGUCAGCAUGUGUGGUUGCAUUUGCAAAGAUUCAAUAAGAAAGUGGGCUGAGCUUAGGGAAAAUGGAGCUCUCCAUUUUUAUCAA